CCAAAGCUGUCAUCCUGAGCGCUGCUGAGACGACGGACGGCUCAAUCCCUAAACGCCCGGAUGAGAGCAGCAGCAGGCGACAUUCAGGGCAACAUGGUCGCAUGAAGUCCGAAGCGCAGACGGGGGGGACAACCACCAUUCCUGAAGGAGGGGAAGCGAGCGACGCGGCCACUGCUGGAAUCUGACAUUUUUCCCUUUCGCCGCAGCCCACGUAGAAACGGUUCUGGGAGAAUACAGGCGGAGAUCUAGAGGCGUGGAGGCGAAGAGGAACGGCACAUUUCACCCCCCUCCUUCUCCACGGUGUCCUAUUUCGUCGGUGAAGGAACGUGCAGACAGGCUGUCUCACACUAAGCUAUGGAAUGCUCCCUGCUCCCACCAUCACUAGUCUCCAGUCUUUGGACUGAGCUCCAAACGCUUAGUUAGCGGCUGUGCUUCUCCCCUCGAACUCUUUAUAACCAGGGGACGAAGAAAAAAAAAAGGAGCGGGCUUCUCAAGUCCUCCUCUACAAACGCACAGAGCACUUCUUUUUGUUUAGUUUUUUUUAGAAUAUUUAAGGUAGAUUUUUUUUUUUCUUCUCCGCUUGGAUUUUUUGUCGUGGAGAAAUCAUAUCAAGAUGGAUCUGGAGUCGUAUCUGUGGAUGGUGAUUGUUGGCUUCAUCAUUGCCUUCAUCCUGGCGUUUUCGGUCGGAGCCAAUGACGUGGCCAAUUCGUUCGGCACGGCGGUGGGGUCCGGCGUGGUCACCCUGAAGCAGGCCUGCAUCCUGGCGUCCAUCUUCGAGACGCUGGGGUCGAUGCUGCUCGGGGCCAAAGUGGGGGAGACGAUUCGGAAGGGCAUCAUAGACGUCAACCUCUACAAUGAAACGGUGCCCGUACUCAUGGCAGGGGAGGUCAGCGCCAUGGUUGGGUCAGCAGUCUGGCAGCUAAUCGCCUCCUUCCUCAAACUGCCCAUCUCCGGGACUCACUGCAUUGUUGGUGCUACCAUCGGCUUCUCCAUGGUUGCCAUCGGCACAAAGGGCGUACAGUGGAUGCAGCUUGUUAAGAUCGUGGCAUCAUGGUUCAUCUCUCCCCUGCUCUCUGGACUCAUGUCUGGACUCCUCUUCAUGCUCAUCAGACACUUCAUCCUCAACAAGGAUGACUCCGUCCCGAACGGCCUGCGAGCGCUGCCCCUCUUCUACGCCUCCACCAUCGGGAUCAACACAUUCUCCAUCAUGUACACUGGAGCCCCAUUGCUCGGGUUAGAGAUGCUACCGGUGUGGGCCAUCUUUCUCAUCACUUUAGCUGGAUCGCUGGUGUGUGCAGCUCUGGUCUGGUUCUUUGUCUGUCCUUGGAUGAGGAGAAAAAUAGCAAGUCGUUUAAAGAAGGAACAGGCUCUGUCAAGGAUUUCUGAUGAGAGCUUGGACAAGAUCCCUGAAGAGGAGGAGGAGAGCCCCGUCUUUAAAGAGCUGCCGGGGGCCAAAGGGACAGACGAGGCUGUGCUGCCGCUCACCGGAGGCAGCAGCGAACGAAGCACCCGAGACUCCAGCGGAGAGCUCACCAACCUGGCCAAUGGAGGCACCGUCCUGCCAAAUGGCAGGGUGUAUGGUCGGACCCACUCGAUGACCAACGGCUGCCUCAAGUCGCCCAUCUCUAACGGCAGCUUCAGCUUCGACGGCCACAUGCGCAGCGACGGCCAGGUGUACCACACCGUGCACAAAGACUCGGGUCUGUACAAAGACCUGCUUCACAAAAUCCACCUGGGCCGCAUGGACGACAGCGACCGCUCGGGCUCCAACGCCGGCCCUCCGGACAACAACUACCGCCUGCUGCGCCGCAACAACAGCUACACCUGCUACACGGCGGCGAUAUGCGGCAUGCCGGUCCAGCCGCUCAUGCGCCAAGAAUCCCGGGAGGACAGUGAAAAGCUGGUGGGCGAAGGAGGCGGCAGGAGCAACAGCGUGUCCUACUCCAAGAAGAGGGUACGCUACGAUAGCUACUCGUCGUACUGCAACGCCGUGGCCGAGGCUGAGAUUGAGGCGGAGGAGGGCGGGGUGGAGAUGAAGCUGGCCACGGAGCUGGAGGGGGUGGACGAAGAAGGAGCUCCGGCGCCGGUGCCUCUGGAUGACUUGGCAGAGGAGGAUCACGAGGAGAAGGACAAGCCCGAGGUGUUCCUGCUCUUCCACUUCCUGCAGAUCCUCACCGCCUGCUUCGGCUCCUUCGCCCACGGAGGCAACGAUGUCAGCAAUGCCAUCGGGCCCUUGGUGGCACUGUGGAUGAUUUACGACCAGGGAGGCGUGAUGCAGGACGCCGCCACUCCUAUCUGGCUGCUGUUUUACGGGGGCAUAGGCAUCUGCGCCGGCCUGUGGGUUUGGGGUCGUCGCGUCAUCCAGACGAUGGGGAAGGACCUGACUCCCAUCACCCCCUCAAGCGGAUUUUGCAUUGAAGUAAUGAGUGCGCUAACAGUGCUUGUUGCAUCAAAUGUGGGCAUCCCAAUAAGCUCCACCCACUGCAAGGUGGGCUCGGUUGUGGCCGUGGGUUGGAUCCGCUCCCAGAAAGCAGUGGACUGGCGCCUCUUCAGGAACAUCUUCCUGGCGUGGUUUGUCACGGUGCCGGUGGCCGGCCUGUUCAGCGCCGCCAUCAUGGCCCUGUUCGUGUACGGCAUCCUGCCCUUCGUCUGAGGGCCGGGAGGGAGAGCAGAGGAGGAAAAGAGAGUCAGAGAAGGAGAAAGAUGGAGAGGGAAACUUUUGCAGAUAAAGGAAACGAAGCGAGAGGAAUGGGAAGGGUAGACGAGAAAAGCUGCAGAGGUUUGCAGAUGGACUUGGUUGUGGUGUGGAUGUGAGGAGGGUUGGUUCACAUGCUGCCUGGCUCCGUAGUCCAGAGAUCUUUUUGACUCAUUUGAGUUUCUGAUCGGUUUUUAUUUAUUCUCUUUAUUUUGGGUGCAUAAGAAAGUGUGUAACCAUUCAAUCUGCUGUACAUAAGACAAUAAUAGGGAGCUUACCAGUCUUUUAACAAGAAUUAUGUUGGAACAGUGGCAGUCGUUUUCUAUUUCCUCCUUAAAAGAAUCAUGAAUUUUAAAAAACUAAAAUACGGACAGCACAUGACUAAAAAUUAUUCUAAAAAAAUGGUUAAUUCUGCACACCUAAACUGUCAGACAUGCCUGCAGUUAAUCUAUAUCUUUCUGCCUGCAACCCCAGGUAGCAUAGUUGGUCAAGUGCUUAUUCUUCUUAUUAUUAUUAUUUGCAUUAUUCCAAAAUGCCAGAUAAAGAAAAAAAAACAACCCUGUACAUAUCGUUCUACUGGAUUGAGUGUGAUUUGUUGUAUUGCGGCUUGCUUUAAAGUUCAAAACAAAAGAAGAAAAGAUGUGUGUGUGUGUGUGUGUGUGUGUGUGGUCAACCAACCCAUCCAUCAUCUCACUUUUCAACAUGCUAGCCAGGUACAACUGGGGCCAAACGGAAAGGACGCCUCAGAUAAGGGGUUGUGGGACUGUCACUCUGCUUUUUUUGUUUUUUGUUGUUUUUUUUUUUUGUAUUUUCCACAUGAUACCAUAGAAACCUAAUUUACUAAAGAGUUAAUUUUUUUGUCAAGAGCUCCUGUAUGUUUUUAGAGAUGGAUCUCAUAUUUUUUAAUGGUGUAUUAUACUGUAAUUUGUACUGUAAAUACUGUCCUUAAAGAGUUUGGCGGUGGGUUUGGGAGGGAGGGGGGCGGAUUAUGGUUUGUUUUUAAUGUCGUAGUGGGCGGUGGAAGGGGAUAGGGGUGGGAGGGGCUCUUAACCUCAUCAUGAUGUCAUAAUUUACAGUAUGUUUCAUCUCCGUGGCUCAUUGUAGAGAGAAAACACACACUUGACAGAUUCUGGCAGAAGUAUAUCGUUAUCGGGGAAAUUAGUAUUUGAGUUUCAAAUAAUGAACCCAUAGAGAAAAGUGGAGCUGCUUGGUUCUACCUGGUGUUAUUGCAUCAGUAAAUUCAACAGUAUUGAUAGAAAGUUCUUUAGUUAAAGGUUCCCUUCUUGAGAAAGUGUCUCCGAAACAGAGAGAGAGAGAGUUAGAGGGAGUUCGCUCUUUUGAGAGCAGAACCAUGCCAAAGUAAGUUGUGCUACAACAUGCCAAUUAAAAGUAAAAAAAAUAGGUUUAGGUGCAGCAGACGCCAAGACGGUGAAAUGUACAAAACACACCAUGACGAGGUCCCAUGAAAUGUUCACAUAUCUUCAUCUGUUUGCCUUUGUUUUCGUACAUAAAGCUCAGCUACUGGAGUCACCUCGUAUCCAAGGCUCCCUGCCAAUAAUGGACCUCUAACUGUUCAUUUCGGUUCUAUCAGCCUGUUUAUUGGUCAGAUUAUCAGAGUUCAGUUAGAAUCCAAGUCUCAUGCCAUCCAUGUGACAAAUCUGAGUCUUGUCGUGUGUCAUAUCCAACACUUAAACUUGUGUUUUAACUCAGCCAGUUGUGCAGAUGUGCAAGGAAGCGGUUCAGCCACACGUGUAGCUCCUCAAAACGGGCCGGCGUUGUUUGAAGUGCAGAAGCGUUUAGUCUUCAGACGACGCGCGUUUCAAUCUUAAGUGCUAAAGGUUCGCUAGAUAUCACAUGGUCGAGUUGAGGGCUGAAUCGAAGCCCGCUGGGGGGUUUUCAGGCUGCUCAUGUCAAAAAAAUAUCAAGACUUCUAUCAUUACGUCGGAUAGAGAUGGUAUAUUGGGGAGGGGGGACAGUACUGAUCAUCACCAGCUUUUUAACAGGGUCGUCUGACCUGUAGAUGAACAAAGUCUAAAGCUUUUUUUUUUAUUUGAACAAACUCGAUGCCAGGUGUUGCAAGUUCUUUUUUUUUUUGUUGUUGUGGUGUGUUUCCUAAUUUCAUUUUUUUUCUCAUGAACAAAUCUAUGCUUAAGUAGCCACUUGCCUUGUAACAUUGUGUUUUACUUUGUGCAGAUACAGUAAAAAAUAAUUAAGUACUGUGGUGUUUACAUCGUAACCAUAUUGUAGAGUAUCUGUAAAAAAAACAACAAAAAAGUUGCCUAAUGAUGCCAAUGAAAGACAAACUAUUAACCAUGAAUUUUUAAGUGCAAGUAUAAAAAAAAAUAACCAGAAGUGUCUAGAGAGAAAGAGAGCGAGAGCAAGUGUGUGCGCGAUGACUUGUUUUUCGUUGGGGUUUUAUUUUUUGUAGUAGUAGUAGUGUUAAUCAUGAUCCCUGUCACUUUACACUGCUACUACAAACGUGUUAACACUACAUGUAUGGGUGCAAUUCAGUAAUGAAGAGAAUAACUAGAGAAAUUUCAUCAAAACUAUAUAUUUUUCUACCAUAUCUGAGUUUUAACCUGGGUGAGCUUCCAGACACUUUGGAGAACACACUGUGGUGCUGAUGGGAAACUGGCAGAUGUGGACCAGCUGUUCUAAGACUGUGAUCGCAGCAAUAACUGAAGAACGGUCUUAUUUCAGGGGCGUCGCCUCGCUGGAGCCAUGCGCCAAACUUCCCUCUAAAAGCCCGGUGUGUUCUUCUAACAUGUAGACUGACGUGUCGGUUGCCAGUAGAUCAGAUUUUUAAAUUACCAUUUUUAUUUUUGAAUUUUAGAUGAAAACACUUUGUAAUUUUGUUUCCCUACUGCUUUGAUCAUGAGCUGCGAGAGCAGGACAGCAAAAACCAGGACGACUGCUCCCUGAAGGAGAAAUCUGGAGGCUCGAUAUUUGCAAGCUGAGAAAUGUUAAAUUUUAAACUUGGUAACGGAAAACUGGACUGUGAGGACAUUUGUUUCCUUGUUUUUGGCAGGUGGCCACUCUUGAAGCUCAUGUCCUUUUAUUCUUCAACAGUUUGUGUGUUACACAGGGCGGCUGCACAGGGCUGGUGUGUUCAAAUCCACUUUGUACUUGUUGUAAGGUGUCUGGAGAAAUGUGCAUUUAAAAAAAUGCACAAGAGGUCCAGCAUUGUUUCCCAGAACAUUUAAGAGCUUGUAGAAGAUCAAAUGUUUUUCCCCGUUGUCUUUAAAGUGAACCAGCAUAAUUGCGAAGCCUGCUAAAGCAGACUGCAACAGAAGUCAAGAAAUAGUUUCUCAACAAUAUCUAUCUUAAGUUUGGCAACAUCAGCCGCCACAGGCUGCAAUUUAAACCAGACCCAACAAGACUGCAGCAGUGUUUUAUUACUUAUAUGCUCAACUUUUCAUUUGUAAAAGGUAGAUGAAUUGCUUGAGCAUGAAUCACCGUAAACUAAUGGCUUAAAAUCUAUCGAUGGCACCAUGGAAAAAGUCAUCCAGCCAUAAAUAACAUCAGUAAACACAUAAAAAUGCACAUUUUCUCAUCUAAGAGUGUGUAAAUUCUCCUGCUAUUCCUGACAAACUUCUUUUCCAGUAGCUUUCUGUUCUUAAAAUAUUCUACCUGUCUUCAGAGAAGCUAAAAAGAUGCUUUCUUUGUUUGUAUUCUAAGAUAGACAUUUACUACUAUACUACUAUUACUGUGGCAAUUUAACAAUAUAAAUACAGAAAUAUUGCUUCUGUAUUAAACUGAAAAGGGAAAAUCAUAGUUAGCAACUUUCCAUGAAGACAGAACUUGGCUCCGUCCCACCAUCUACUCUGCUACAUGUGCUGCAGACAGCACUGACAGCAUUGCUGCUCUGCUGGACAAACUAUACAAUAAAACCAUUUCUAAGUCACCUCAAGCACAGUUUUCUGUUUUAUAUUAUAUCCAAGGAAGUAUUCAAUAUUGGCACAUAUCAGACAACACACAUGCCAGCACCAAUACAUCUGUGACAUCCCAGUAUCUCUCUCCCUCUCUCUCUCUCUCUCUCUCUCUCUCUCUCUCUCUCUCUCUCUCUCUCUCUCUCUCUCUCUCUCUCUCUCUCUCUCUCUCUCUCUCUCUCUCUCUCUCUCUAUAUAUAUAUAUAUAUAUAUAUAUAUAUAUAUAUAUAUAAAUAAUAUCAGCCAGGCUCUAAUUUUAGCCAUACCAAGCACAAUAAUAGCAUUCAACAACUGCAGUUCCCAUUAGCCAUUUGAGUGCAGUUAAAGUCUCAAGACGGCUGGUGCUGUAAUUAGCAGUGUAUUUAUCCAUGGCUAAAAGAAAGAGUUCCCCUGUUACUAUCUAAAACUGUAACACAAACCCAUUUGAUUAAGAUAUGAACAUAAAACAUGAGUAAUUAUGUGACCAACUUUUAGAAGACUGACAAAAGACAUUUUUUUGUAGAUGGUGCGAGGUCGCCCGGCACCCUUCAGAUACAAGGUUUGAACGUCUUCACUAUGCUCUGCAGCCUCCUUUUGUGACUCACACUGUCAUUUUUUUGUUAUUCCAUGCAUUCUCAGUCCUGAUAGGCCAAAAGGGAUGCACUGCUCAAGAUGGGGAGGGAAAGAGAAAAUCGCCAUCUGGUGGCAGCGUUGGGCUUAAAUGAUUACAUUUAAUUCAAAACGACAAAGGCUACGUGGAACAUAUUAGUCUAGUAAUGCUUUUCAGAUAAAGCCUUUAUUCAGAUUUCAAAAAGAAAAAUCAUGUUUGGACUAAAAACUCUUUGCAAAGAGUUUCACGCUACAACACUCAGCUAAGCGGCUUUAACAAAACUGGUUUAAACAGACCAUUUAGUGCAAGAUCAUAUGUUCUGUCUUUCUCUAAAAGUGAGAGAAGAACAGAUCGAAACACAACUACUUAAGCCGUAUGUGGAACAACUACAACUUUUUUAAUUGUGGCCUAAAAUUGUGUCUUCAUAUUAAGAAGUCGGACUUUAUUGAGCCUAAAUAUCAAGUGCAGUUUACAUUCAACUACAUUUAGAUGCAUUUUUAGCUCAUGUUUUGGUAGAAAUGUAAAAAAUUAAAAAUCUAAAAAUUGCUCAAGUGCAAAUGCAGCCAGCUGAUGGCGUAGUCGGACACUUUCCCUCCCUGUAGAGAGGGACAGCAGCAUUUUAGACCAGAGCGUUUCAGCUGAUCAGUAUAAACCAGUGAGUGGUGUGAUUGCCAUUGAGGGAGUUACUGUGCUUCUACUGCAUUAUAACUGUUUAAUAACCUUUUUGUAGAGAAAAACUCAACACAAUGUGCCAUUUCUUUCUCCCUGAAUGUGCAAUACAAGCUGUUUCUUGUGAAGGUGCAACUACAUUGCUGUCACUUUGUGGUCGUGUAGCUCCACCUGCCCCGGUGUAAUAGCGCCCCCUCCUGUUCGCGUGGAACCAGCACCACCUGACGGAGGCGGAGGGGGCUUCAGUUCAGACCUUCAUCUGGAUGUGGCGUGCUGUCUCUAGUUUUCUGGUCUGUUUUGUAAUAGAAUGUGCUCCUUGGCUGGCCUGCAGGCUUUACAGCUCUGUGUUGUCUUUUUUACUGUUUACUGCUACUUAACUGUCCGGUCCUUCAAAACUUUAAAAAUAAAAAAAAUGAAAUAAAGUCAUAAAAAUAAAAAUGAAUAAAAAUUCAAAAGAAACUGUAGCCUGCUUCUACAAAAUCUUAAAGCUCUUCUGAUUUGCAUAUAUCGUACUGUAAUGUUUUAUUUAAGAUUUUAGUGGAAAAAAUGUCUGCAUUUAAACUAAAUUAUGGGAAUUAAAAUUACAAAGAAUACCUAAAA